CCCAAAAUUUACUUCCUAAGACAUGUCUCUAGUCACUAUCCGAAAUGUCGAAUUCCUCAACAAUCCGGCGCGUUUCACCGACCCAUAUCACUUCCGCGUGACGUUUGAGUGCAUUGCACCACUACCUGAAGACUUGGAAUGGCGUCUCAUCUACGUGUCGUCACCGGGGAAUGAAGAGCUUGAUCAGGAACUUGACGACUGCUUGGUGGGGCCAGUACCAGCUGGCGUCAAUGCCUUCGAUUUUGAAGGGUCCGCACCGAGUCCAUCGAAGAUUCCGCCAGAAGACGUCCUGGGUGUGGCUGCUCUUAUCCUUACCGGUUCCUACCGGGAUCAAGAGUUCGUCAGGGUAGGAUAUUACCAAAACACAGAGUAUGACAACGAAGAGAUGAAGGAGAGCCUCCCGGAUCCCAUCCGCUUUGACCGGCUGGUUAGGGACAUCAACUCAAAACCCAGGGUAACGAGGUUCCAGAUUAAAUGGGAUGUUGCUCCCCCACAACAACCCGGAGGCGUUGUAUCUGCAGGAGCAGCAACAUCAGCUGCAGUGCCGUCAGCGAACGAUCUGGAUAUGGAAGACCAGGAACCCAGCACGAAUGGCUCCUCAUCAUGACACGGGUCGCUCUUUGAAACAAGUUCAACUUCCUCUGUCAUCCUGCUAGAUCUGCUCUCAUGUCCGUCGACUGUAUCUUUGUCAACGUUUCGUGGAUUUCUGUCAAUUUUCCUGGCUCAUUCGCACAUAACUCCCACGACCCAAGUGUAGCAUGAUUUCAUUAAUGAUUGUAUUGGAACCCCUUUCA